CGUCUCUGCUUUUUCCCACUCUCUGCUAGGGUUUCAGAGUAGCCGCGCUUCUUCGAGUUUUCUCUUGCUUCAACUCUCUCCACUCACUCGUCUCACCAUCUCCGAUUCCAUUUGUUAACUUGCUGUUAAGAUGGCCAUGGAGGUUACUCAAAUUCUUUUAAAUGCGCAAGCAAUGGAUGGCGCUGUAAGGAAUCAAGCUGAAGAAAACUUGAAACAGUUUCAGGAACAGAAUUUUCCAAGUUUCUUGUUUUCUCUUGCUGGGGAAUUGGCAAAUGAUGAAAAGCCUACAGAGAGCCGGACACUAGCAGGUAUAAUUCUCAAGAAUGCUCUGGAUGCAAAAGAACAACACAGAAAGAUAGAAUUUGUUCAAAGAUGGCUGUCACUGGACCCAACUUUGAAAGCCCAGAUCAAAGCAUUCUUGUUGAGGACCCUUUCAUCUCCUUCUUCUGAUGCUCGAUCAACUGCAUCACAAGUUAUUGCAAAAGUUGCUGGUAUUGAAUUGCCUCACAAGCAAUGGCCUGAAUUGAUAGGAUCCCUCUUGUCAAAUGUUCAUCAGCUUCCUGGUCCUACAAGGCAGGCAACUCUUGAGACCCUUGGGUACAUUUGUGAAGAAGUCUCCCCUGAUGUGGUUGAACAGGAUCAUGUAAAUAAGAUACUCACUGCUGUUGUUCAGGGAAUGAAUUCUACCGAAGAAAACAAUGAUGUCAGGCUUGCUGCCAUACGAGCAUUGUACUAUGCAUUGGGUUUUGCUCAGGCAAAUUUUUCUAAUGAUAUGGAGCGUGAUUACAUCAUGAGAAUUGUUUGCGAGACAACUCUUUCUCCUGAAGUGAAGAUUCGGCGAGCAGCUUUUGAGUGUUUGGUAGCCAUUUCUUCAACAUACUAUGAAAAGUUGGCUCCUUAUAUCCAAGAUAUCUUCAACAUUACUGCCAAGGCUGUGAAGGAUGAUGAGGAGCCAGUUGCACUCCAGGCAAUUGAGUUCUGGAGUUCAAUAUGUGAUGAAGAAAUUGAGAUAUUAGAAGAGUACGGAGGUGAUUUUAGUGGGGAUUCAGACGUUCCUUGCUUUUACUUUAUUAAGCAGGCACUUUCAUUUCUUGUUCCCAUGUUAUUGGAGACACUGCUAAAGCAAGAAGAGGAUCAAGAUCAGGAUGAAGGGGCUUGGAACAUUGCUAUGGCUGGAGGCACCUGCUUGGGAUUGGCUGCACGAACAGUUGGUGAUGAUAUUGUGCCUCUUGUUAUGCCAUUUAUCGAAGAAAACAUAACUAAACCAGAUUGGAGGCAAAGGGAAGCUGCAACCUAUGCCUUUGGCUCCAUUCUGGAAGGUCCAUCGCCCGACAAACUUAUACCACUUGUGAAUAUGGCUUUGAACUUCAUGCUCACUGCACUGAUUAAAGACCCAAACAAUCACGUGAAGGACACUACUGCAUGGACUCUUGGACGAAUGUUUGAGUUUUUGCAUGGGUCAGCUUUGGAUACCCCAAUUAUAACUCAGGCAAACUGCCAACAGAUUAUUACUGUGCUGCUUCAGAGCAUGAAAGAUGUUCCAAAUGUUGCUGAGAAGGCAUGUGGUGCUCUUUAUUUUCUUGCCCAAGGUUACGAGGAUGCUGGAUCUUCAUCCUCUCCAUUGACCCCCUUCUUUCAAGAAAUUGUUCAUGCUCUUCUCACUGUAACUCACAGAGAGGAUGCUGGAGAAUCCCGCCUUAUAACAGCAGCCUAUGAAGCCCUAAAUGAAGUAGUGAGGUGUUCUAAUGCUGAAACAGCUCCAAUGGUUGUACAGCUUGUUCCUCUUAUCAUGAUGGAGCUCCACCAGACUCUUGAGAAUCAAAAGGUUGGAUCUGAUGAGAGGCAGAAGAAUGAGUUACAAGGCCUUCUCUGCGGUUGCUUGCAGGUCAUCAUACAGAAGUUAGGUUCAUCUGAACCAACAAAAUAUCAUUUCAUGCAGUAUGCUGAUCAAAUUAUGGGUUUAUUUUUAAGAGUGUUUGCGUCUCGAAGUGCAACAGCUCAUGAGGAGGCUAUGCUUGCCAUUGGAGCUUUGGCCUAUGCAACAGGCUCUGAUUUCGCGAAAUACAUGACAGAAUUUUACAAGUAUUUGGAAAUGGGUCUCCAAAAUUUUGAGGACUACCAGGUUUGUGCUAUCACCGUGGGUGUGGUUGGUGAUGUAUGCAGGGCCUUGGAGGAGAAAAUACUGCCUUAUUGUGAUGGGAUAAUGACCCAACUUCUUAAGGAUUUGUCCAGCAAUCAGUUGCAUAGAUCUGUGAAGCCUCCUAUUUUUUCAUGUUUUGGUGACAUUGCCUUGGCAAUUGGAGAAAACUUUGAGAAGUACUUGUUAUAUGCUAUGCCUAUGCUUCAGAGUGCUGCUGAGCUCUCUGCUCAUACAAAUGGAGCUGAUGACGAUAUGACAGAGUACACAAAUUCUUUGAGAAAUGGAAUCUUAGAGGCAUACUCAGGGAUCUUCCAAGGGUUUAAAGGUUCCCCGAAAACCCAGCUUCUGAUGCCUUAUGCGCCUCAUGUACUGCAAUUCUUGGACAGUCUGUACAUGGAGAAGGACAUGGAUGAUGUCGUAACAAAGACAGCAAUUGGUGUGCUUGGAGAUUUAGCUGAUACUUUGGGUAAUAAUGCUGGCCCCUUGAUUCAGCAAUCCGUGUCAAGCAAAGACUUCCUCAAAGAGUGUUUAUCAUCUGAUGAUCAUUUGAUCAAGGAAUCUGCCGAAUGGGCUAAGUUAGCAAUCAGUCGAGCAAUUUCAUUUUGAGGCUAUUGCUAUUUCAUGGGUCCUAGUUCUUGCAUACAUCUGCAUUUGUUGCGUGGGGGUCUCAACUGCAUACCAUGAGUCCGGGUCAUCACCAUUUUUGGGCACAGGUCUUUCGGUCCUUUGGCUGUCUGCAUUUCAUGUCAGCAGUAUGGAGUCUGCUUUUUCAUUUUAUUUUUUUACAUUUAUUCUUCUGCAUUGCUAUGGAGGAAGUCGGUGGGUGAUGACAAAAUCUUCCUGCUACCUUGGCAGAAAAGAUGCGAUUUUUACAUACAGGAGGAGAAACAGGGUUAAAUGGGGGAGGAGCAAGAAAGGAGAUAUCUCAUGAUAUCUGCCAAUGCCGUCUCUAUUGGGCUUGCAUGAGUAUUUUGAAUGUUUGGAGUCUAUGGUAUGGUCCACAUAUGACAUUAUGUCCUUUUCUUUUUUCUUUUAUUAUUGGCUGUAGAGUGAAACAAUCAUCUUAGUCCAUCCAUGUGUUUUGAAUAGGUAAUGCAACAUAUUUUAGCCGUUCCCUUAAAUUACUCAAAUAA